CACGUAGUAGGAGAAGCUUCGCGGUUUCCACAGUGGCGCGUUACAAUUUCGCUCGCCUCGUGGCGACUCGGGGCGCCAUCUGGCGUCUUAGGCGGACGGGCUCUCAACCAUGCAGCGACCAACCGACGGACACGGACUCUCCUGUCGCAGGCCACUAUCCGCGGUAAUAAGAAAAUUGUAUAAGCGGCUGGGUAAUUACACGACCAAGUAAUCAUCAUUCGCCGGAAUUCGCAAAAUUAUGGGAAAAUUAUUGCCAUUCUUCAAAUAGAUGUGAGGAUAUCUGGGAAUAUUUGUUGGCCGUUGGUUUUGCUCGUUGAUUGUGAGAUGUGAGUAAUAUGAGAAGGUAUUACUAUCGCCCUUUGGAUCGAGACGGUGGCGGGGGUGGCGGCGAGGGAGGCGGCGGCGGCGUCGGCUGCGAGAGGCGGUCCGGCUCCCGACGCGUGCCCAGUCUGCGGCUAGCGAACGGGCGGGUGGCAGCGGCCCAGUCGGAAGAAGAGAUCAGGUCGCCGCCGCCGCGCCGCCUGGCCAAGGAUGACUCGAUCAAGAUCAGCAUCGAGAACACGAACACGUGCACCGAUAGCUUGGUGACCGCGCUAGAUGACGAAACGUUGCUUAUAGCGGACUGUCUAUCCAACGACAUGAAUUACAAGGGCAGCAAAGUGACGUUCGGUGUGGACGAUGGCUCGCUGUAUGGCACCCCAAAAGAGGAGCCCGGUCCGACGCCGCUGGGCUCCGUCGAGGCGGGCAAGCAGAGCUUCCUCAAGAACCAACUGCAGGCCCUGUUCCAGCCCACCGACAACAAGCUCGCGAUGAAGCUGUUCGGCUCGAAGAAGGCCCUUAUGAAAGAGAGGAUACGUCAGAAGGCGUCCGGCCACUGGGUCAUACAUCCGUGCUCCAGCUUCCGGUUUUACUGGGACUUGUGCAUGCUCCUGUUACUAGUAGCAAAUUUAAUAAUAUUACCGGUGGCCAUAAGUUUCUUCAACGACGACUUAAGUACCCGCUGGAUCGCCUUCAACUGUCUGUCCGAUACUAUAUUUCUAAUUGAUAUCGUAGUCAAUUUUCGAACAGGGAUAAUGCAACAAGAUAACGCUGAACAAGUAAUCUUGGAUCCGAAAUUAAUAGCUCGACACUACCUGAGGACUUGGUUUUUCCUCGACCUCAUUUCGUCCAUCCCCCUAGAUUAUAUAUUUCUUAUAUUCAAUCAGUUUCAGGAAUAUGGCGACAGCUUCCAAAUCCUGCACGCUGGCCGCGCGUUGAGGAUACUGCGGUUAGCCAAAUUACUCUCAUUGGUGCGCCUUCUGCGCCUGUCCCGAUUGGUGCGUUACGUCAGUCAAUGGGAAGAAGUCUACAUCUUGCAGAAUCUUCAAAAAAAGCGAACGGAAAGACGGGGGCGCCUUAGUUCCGACCUCAGCAAGUUUAAUACUACCAAAAGCAAUCUCAUCUUUAAGUUUUUAAAUAUGGCGAGCGUGUUCAUGCGGAUAUUCAACCUGAUCUGCAUGAUGCUGCUUAUCGGCCAUUGGUCCGGGUGUCUGCAGUUUUUGGUUCCCAUGCUGCAAGGCUUUCCGGCGAACUCGUGGGUGGCGAUAAACGAAUUACAAGAGGCCUUUUGGUUGGAACAGUACUCGUGGGCAUUAUUCAAAGCGAUGUCCCACAUGCUGUGCAUAGGCUACGGCCGUUUUCCACCCCAAUCUUUGACGGACAUGUGGUUGACGAUGCUGUCGAUGAUAUCUGGCGCAACGUGUUACGCAUUGUUCCUCGGACACGCGACCAACCUCAUCCAGAGUUUAGAUUCAUCUAGGCGACAGUAUCGUGAAAAGGUAAAGCAAGUCGAAGAGUAUAUGGCGUACAGGAAACUGCCGCGCGAGAUGCGCCAGCGCAUCACCGAAUACUUCGAGCACCGGUAUCAGGGAAAGUUCUUCGACGAAGAGAUCAUCCUCGGCGAGCUCUCGGAGAAGCUCAGAGAGGACGUCAUCAAUUACAACUGCAGGUCGCUCGUCGCGUCGGUGCCUUUCUUCGCGAACGCCGACUCCAACUUCGUCUCGGACGUCGUUACUAAACUUAAAUAUGAAGUCUUCCAACCUGGUGAUAUUAUAAUAAAAGAGGGCACGAUUGGGUCCAAGAUGUACUUCAUCCAGGAGGGCAUCGUCGACAUCGUGAUGGCGAACGGCGAAGUAGCGACGAGUCUGAGCGACGGCUCAUAUUUCGGCGAGAUUUGCCUGUUGACGAACGCGCGACGCGUCGCUUCUGUACGCGCCGAAACUUACUGCAACCUGUUCUCGCUGUCCGUCGACCAUUUCAACGCCGUCCUCGAUCAGUAUCCUCUCAUGCGACGCACGAUGGAAUCGGUCGCCGCGGAGAGGUCAGUGCGUUGGCUAAAUAAAAUAGGCAAAAAUCCCAACUUGCUGGCCCACCGCGAGGAAGAUCUGGGCAGCGAAAGUAAAACUAUCAACGCGGUCGUAAACGCAUUAGCGGCCGAAGCGGAUAAUGUCAACAUGUCGGUCGAAUCGAUGCACCAUCACCACCACCACCACCAUCACCACACCGGCAGUGACGGUAGCUUGCACGAGCUAGGCAGAACGUUGCAGAAAGCGACGGCGUUGCCGCGGCCCAAGUCGGAAAACAACUUCGUCUCGCAGGAGAUCCAGAUGAGUGAGAGCGGCAGCAGACCGCUUUUCCACAAGUCCGACACGAUUCACAAACAAUCGAACAUGUUUCAAUGACGCCACUCCACGCACUAGUGCGCGGGUUUGGCGGGUCAAUUGUGCCGAGUGCCUGUGCUGACCGUCGCGGCCACGGUAGCACUGGCACUGCGCACCGAUAGAGGUCAGUAGGGGCUGCGCGACAGAUAGGGUGCGCGGUUGUGUUCCGGGUUAUUGAAAAAAACGAAGACACGUUUGAUUCAUACACUCACCCACACAAAAACGGAGCACUUGCCCAUUUUAUAUAUAAAGACAUUUUUUUAUGUUUUGUGAUAUUUUAUUGUUCUAAUAACUUACACACACAAACCAAAUUUGUACCAACAACCAAACGUAUAUUUGAAAGGGAAAACUCUUUUGUUAGAACAGUAUGAUUCGCAUCUUAACUUAAUGCUGGCAACCGCGUGGUGUGACAUUAUCAUGAAUCGAAAUAAAAUUGUUUCCGAUAAAACCAACAUAAGAAAUAACAAAUUCUUUCCCAAUUUCUUCAAUGUGCUUGACAGCAGUUACAGAUCCUCUUGAAACAAUGUGCAAGUCUGUGUGUGCCUCCAGAGAAAUUCAAGUUCACACCAUAAGUGGCAGUCUACCUUAGGACUGAAGUUGCAUUCUGCAAAACUUUUUUGUGGUUUCGGCCAUACCCGCUCCCGGGCAUCCAAAUCUCGACUUCAUUAUUCUUUACUCCAGUGUACAUGAUGAAAAUUAAAGUCCCACAACUCGAUAACGUCUGUGAAGCUGCGGAUCUAUGACUAAAUUGGAUUCUCCAAGUACGAUGAAGUCGAUUUCUGAUUCCUACAACUGUAGCAUUAUUCUCUCACAGACUUGGUAUUGGUUGGUAAUGGUAUUAAAUGGGGGCGGGCGUCCAACCACCAGAUGGACCCGUUGUGCCCCCAGGCCGCUCUAGAGGGCGUCGAGAAUGCGGCCCCUCCUAUAGAAGGUCAGCAACUCCUUUAGCUCAAUACCGUGCACUGAGUCCGGAUCGAUCGAAGACUCCCCAUCUCCCCCCUUCCAUGCACCACCUACACUCCGGGUCGUCUCCAAUGCCUAGCAAGCAAAGAUGCCUCCUAAACCUGCAAUAUCCUGUGUAGGCCCCUGUUAGUGCUUACACUCCCUUCUGGUCAGUCUAAGCAGCUCCCUGGUCCGAGGGAGGGCGGGCCCAUUAAUUAUAAGCCUCGCCUGCCUUAUUCUCGGAGCAACUGUCCAGCCCACCGCGGCCCGGUCUCUCGCCCAGGCUUCGAGAGCUCCCCGCCUCACACACGGGGCGAUCUCCAUCUCACAGACUUUUAAGAUCAUCAUGACUGUUAGUUCUUCGUUGAAGACCAGUCCCAUGUCGUUCAGUAGAAGAAGACUUGGACAAAAAUCUGUCAAUUUGCCAGUUUUAAGUGACAAAUUUAUACAAUUUUUCAUUUUACUAAAUUUUUAUUGAAACCUAAUUUUUCUUCUCAAAGAAGCUACUGAUUGUUAGAAAUAACUUAAAAUAUGCUAUGUUUGUGUACUUUAUUAGAACCAUAAAAUAUCACAAAAUAUUAAAUUCCUUUUUUAUGUGUAAAAUGGGCAAAUACUUCGUUUUUAACGCCAAUGUCUUUAGUUGAGGUGUUGCACCAAACACGUCAACAGUCUCCCACUAACAUACUACAACCGGAAAUCCCACAAAGCUUUUGUCGUGCAAGAAUACGAAAUUAAAAGACACAAAAAAAAAUGUAUCGCUUCUGAAAGCGUGUCAUUCGAAAAAUAGCUUUUUCACCACUAGUCAAAAAAAAGGAGUAUAAAUUUUACUACAUCAUUUACAUGCCUACAAAGGCACAAAGUUCACCGACCAACCCGCGACCCGAUCGUAAUGCAGUCAUAUAACCCCACGCGCAUGGAACACCGUUGAUCUGUCAAACGUAAUACCGACCCCGACCCUUGAUGUAUGGACGGGGGGAGCACUAGUGCGUGCGCGCUUUGCCGUGUCUAUUUUUUUUUAUAUAAAAUAAUAAGCAAUACGUGCCGACGGACACUUGCUACAACAUUGUGCAAUAUCUAGAUUGUUAGACUAAUUUAGCUUUAAUUAGGUGCUCAAAGAAAUAUGUAAACAAAAUCCAGCGGAUUGGUUUCGUUCGCGGUUCUUGGAUCACCUCGCGCCCACCCUACCGCCUAGAGAAAAAAACUAAACGGGACUAGUCGCUUUGUAGGCUAUUUUUAGAAAACGGAAAAAGGAGCUUAGGGAAUCGCGUCAAACUGUCAAGCUUUUAGGAUGUUACCGACCGAAUAUUUUACACGCUGACGUUUAUAAAAUACUGCGUACUUAAUACUCAUAAUAGAAGCCAUUUUGUUUGCGAAGGUUGCGAAACCCAAUACUUUAAUAAGUCGUUUAUUUUUUCCGUCCGCGCUUCAAUUUGCAUCGAGAUCGAGUUAUGAUACAAAAAGCUAGAAAGCUACACGUAACAAGCAUUAACAAUUGUAGUGCUACUCUAACCAGGUGUACAGGUUUCCCAAGACUCGAUAGCCAACUAGAAAUACAUGCCGAAUAUAAAUUGAUAGAAGCCAUUUUGUUUGCGAAGGUUGCGAAACCCAAUACUUUAAUAAGUCGUUUAUUUUUUCCGUCCGCGCUUCAAUUUGCAUCGAGAUCGAGUUAUGAUACAAAAAGCUAGAAAGCUACACGUAACAAGCAUUAACAAUUGUAGUGCUACUCUAACCAGGUGUACAGGUUUCCCAAGACUCGAUAGCCAACUAGAAAUACAUGCCGAAUAUAAAUUGGGUGCGACCAUAGCCAGGCUCUGCAGCGUUGCCACAUCUGCUUGAAUCAGAGACCACCUUUUUUUUAAGGAAUGGUGUGUACAUUACACUUUUGGAGAUAGAAUUUAUAUUUCAGUUAUAUUUCAGAGUUAAAAGCACAAAACAAAUUUGCUUCCGAUUAAUGAAGUCAGAAAAAUAACGAUUGGCUUUAACAACUGUAAUCUACUAUAAAUUUUGUACAUAUCCUUCUGCGUCAAUAAAUAGUGCUUUUAACAAUAUUGUACUUAAUUACAUAUCAAUAGAUCGAAUUUUAAAGGCAAAUAAAAUGGCAGAUCUUACCUAACUUACAAUAAUAAUAAUAAAAAUUAUUAUUAUUUUUGUAAGUUAGAUAAGGUCUCCAAACCUACUAACCAAAAUAACACCCUCACAUUUUAAUAAAAUGUUAAGAAGAUCAAAACUUUUUAAAAAGGAUUAUUUGGAUCGACUGACGUAAAUUUUCAAAAAAAGAAAUGCUCAACAGAAAAAACUCAUACUUUUGGGUAACAAAAACCUUCAUUUUGUUUGUUAUAUGAACAAAUCGUUGUGUGAAUUCGCCACAUCAAAAUAACAUAAAAUUGACAAAAUAUACUCCAUGUCUUACUGCUACAAAAGUAAUUUUUGCUAGUCAUUCUUCUAGUUUUUUGCUCUAUAAUGGUUCAUAGUACUUUUAGAUUAAGACUAAAUAGUUCUUUUUAUUUCUGCAAUUAAAUACAGAGAGUUUCAUUCAAAAUUCAAACCUAAUUUACAUUUAUAUAGUUUGCAAAAUGUGGAUCAAUUUGUAAGCAGCUCAUCGCCAAGCAGUACACCAAAUGUCAAGUUUUUAUCUAAAAAGAUUGAAAGAUGGAUAGUUAUAUUCUUGAUACAUGUUCGACUAGAUUUGGAAACGAUAUUAUGUCCCAAAUAUUUUAAGUUAAAUAUUAUAAUCUUAAAAUAGAGAUCAUAGUCUCCUAUGGCCGUAACCCAAUUUUUAAAUGCCUAUCUCUUUCCACUCUACAUGCCAUCGAGUUUGGAGAACAGUGUAUGUUGGUGUCACAUUAAAUAUUAAAUUAAAUUAAAUUAAAAAUCCAAAUAGCAGCGUAUCUAAUCGGUUCACUCAUAGCGUGUCAAAUACUGCCCCACGCAUCCAUAUCUUACCAUUAUUGAGUAUUUAGCGCCUCUCUUGCAACUUUGUUCCUAAAGUUCCGAUGAGGACACAGGGAUACUGUAAGGCCUCGUUAUUUAUUUCGCUCCUUAAAGGCACUAAUAAAGAGGAGUUGAUCUUAGUUCAAAAUCUUUGGGCCGUUGUAUAUUUGCAUAUGUAAUUUAGCGUGUUCGCGUAUACCAAGCCGAAUGCAAAUCCUUGUAUAGUUCCGCCAUUUGGUAGUACCUUAAUUUAAACAUUAAUUUGUUGAUCGAUUCACAAACGUUUAAUGGAAAAUCGGUGUUAUUAUCGUACGACUCCCAGUCAAUUUAUUAUACUUUCACCUAGAUGUGAUAUGAAGAUGAAUAUCAUUACGAGAUAAAUUAAAAGCGUUUAGUGUUAGACAGUGUUUCUUAGUGGCUAGGUGACGUCACGCGAAAACAAAUUGUGCCAACAAAUCAGCAUAUUUUUGGAAAUCGCGAAUUCAAGCAAAGUCGGCGGGUAGACUUUGCUUCGAUUCGAAGUAACUGGCAGAAUAUUGUUGCUUCAAAUUUUGACAUAAGAAGCAUACACGGAUUGUACUAGUAUUCCCAAUUUCCAAUAUUUUGUUUCUGGGUUUCAGUCACCAUAUACGCGAUGCUAUUUAAUAAGUGUCUAAUAUUUCAUAGGAUGAUUUCUGGAGUAUUUUUAAAUGUAAAAAGUCACUGCAAACGUGUGGUCUAAAAUACUUAGCUGGAGGGGACCCUGUUUUUAUUUAUUUCCUCAUUUUCAACGGUUAAUGACUUUUUGUAUCACCCUGUAUUAUGUUUUUGGUAAAAAAAUGAAUUCUGCGAUCACAUUCACUCCAAGAAGCACCUCUUCUUAUUGGAAGUCGCUAGGAGCAAUCGUUAUCGAAAUAUUUUGGUUUGAAUUAAUCGAUGCAUGUCUAUUUUAAAAAGUAAAACAGUUUUACAAUUUUUUUAUUUUACAAUGCGAUUUGUUUUUGUUCCUAUGCGAGAAAUACAAAACUCUUGCUGCUAUCUAUCAAAAGUGGAAAAAUGAGAAAAAGCGCGCCCUACAAAUAAAAGCUAUAAUUUAAAAAAUACUUUCGUACGAGAGAAAAGACUAAAAUAAAUAAAAAAAAUUGACACCUUGUAUCUCGAGAUCGAAGCAUUUUAAAAAAUGAAAAUUCGCACUUAUUAAAUAAGACCCGGUACAUACAAGGACUGCUAACUCGGAAAAUACGAAGCAGAAACCUUUUAUUUAUAUAGGGGCAUUUUAUUUAUAUAGGGGCAUUGUCUGUAAAAUAGGCUAAUUGCCUCAUUUUUUAUUUGGCAACAAAUAUUACUUGUUAUUUAUAUAAAUUGUCUCUGGAUAACGACAAAGAAAAAUUCUCUGAAGAUCCUCAAACGAAAGGCUACGCAGAGCAGAGAGCAUCUCUAGGAUUGCAGUUUUUCCUUCGAGGAUUUCCAGAAUGUUUGCCAUAUGAGUGUGUCUGAUUGCAACUUGACGGGGUUUAUUAUAAGUUAUACAAAAUAUACUAAAGUUAUAGGAAUUGACCUGAAUUCCUGAAUACCAGAUAAUAAAAAAAGUCCAAUAAGUGCCAAAAUUAACACCCGUAAUGAAAAGCGUUAUCUAAAUUAGUUAUAUGCAACUUCAACUACAAAUAUUUCUAAAACUUUUAAACCUAAACGCGUUUUUUCAAAAACCAUAAUUUUACGAUUUUUACUCCAAAAAGUGUUUCAUUAAAACAAAGCAAAAAUAACAUUUUUCUCUAUUUCAGCAUGUUAAUUUGUUUACUUUAAUAAAGAUUUCUGACCGAACAAUCCCUUCAACUUUUGCAAGUAAUUGCCAUUUUUGAUAUUAAUCAAACUGUAGUAGAUACAAUCCGUGUAAAUGCUUAUUAUAAUUUGUCGUGCGUUAUUGUGAUCCAAGGACCGUUUCACUUAGUUCAACUGACGUGCUGUUAGCUUCUCCUGCAGACUAGUAUAUUAGAAAUAAUUUAAAAAAAAGUAGCGUACGUAAAAAUAAAGUGCAAGUUAGGCCUAAAAAGUAUACAUUUAAGUGAACAUACCGCGUACUAAUCUAUGAGUUUGCAGGACCAUUUCGUGAACACUUAUAACUGACUGGGUUGCUUCCUGAAAUUUUUGGUUCUUCAUGCCACCUCCACCCCGUUAUUAAGCGAGAACGUUGAUAUUGCUUAGGUCUAAGGUAACGUAUAAGUUUUAGUGAGCAAUUCGGUACAGAUUUUUGUAAUAUACUAAAAGAAAAACUUGAUAAAACAAAUCUUCACUUUUAGCUGUGAUCUAAAAAAGAAAAUGUUUAUAUCUUUAUGUUGAGCGUUGAUCUUUUUGUGUAUAAAUUUUAUAUGAAUACGAUCCUGGAUUUUCGAUCAGCUCAUAAAUGUUCCGCUCGGUUUUCAUCCUGAUAUCCUUGUUGUGUAUUAUACGUAUAGGUUUCGGAAAAUCAUUGAUACUAGAUGACUGAUACGUAAACAUGUUAUUUUUAGUUUAAUUUUUAUUUAAAUUGAACUAGUAAUUUAUUACUCAUAGUUUAAACUUUGUACAUAUAAUGUAUCAAAUAGAAGGGAAUUUUAACUUUUGCAGCUCUAUGUCCGCGAGGGUCUGAGCCCGCCCAGUACGUAACUCGUUUGAAAUUAUGCCCCACGACCACACAGAUUGAAAUGUGUCCCCAAACUGCGAACGUUUUUAGAGUAAUAAAAGUGAUAUGCGCCGCUGGGGUGUUAGAAUAGAACAGAAUAAAAAUUUUUUUUGAAUAUUUUUGUACAAGGUACAUCAUAGCAAGUCAAAAGAAUAUAAAUGGAAAACCAUUAAAUACAAACAUACAAACUGAUCACCUUUCGAUGAUUAAAGAAGUUUAAUACUGAAAAAUUGAAAUGCAAACUUUUACGAAUGAAUAUUUGUUAACAUAAAAAUGACAGAAUUUUACCAGAUGUUUGAUAUCGGUUAGAUACUUGAUGGCAGUGAGUUCGUCAUUCGAAUGCAUUGUGUUGUUUACUUUAACCUAUUGUUAUUCUAUUAAUUCUAGUUUGAGUUAUUGUGGAUAUAUUUAUAUAUCUAUAAGUUCUUGUAUAAUGGGACCUACUAAACUGUCCACCAUGGCUUAUUUAAUGGAUAUCUGGAACCAUAUGAGAAACUUUUUUAUUAAUUUAUUUAAUUUUUUAAAAUAAUUAUUAGAUAUCAAUUUUUCCUAAAAAGCUUCACGUUUCCUAAAGAUCUAUAAAAAAAAGGUGGCUCUAAUUAAAUUUGUGUUUUAAAUAAAAUUAGUAUUUUUCAAUUUCUUAUACCAUAGCCAAAAGGUAUUACGAACGUUACUUUUGCGAAAGUCUUUGGACUUGGAGUCAAAAAUUAAAACUGUGGUGAGCUAGUAAGGCUAAUAGCAAGGGAUACUCUUUCUAUCCAUAUUGAUUGAAGUUAAUUUGCACGUACGUCUUAUCCAAUACUUCUUACGAAGAAAAUUUUGGAUUAUUAAUUUUCAAGCCUAAAUUAUAAAAGCAUCAUAUUUGCGUUACGAAAUAAGUGGAAAAAUAAAGUGUGACUCAACGAUUCCGACUAAAAUAGGAUAAUUUGGAGUAUAACCGAAAAAGCAAGGUUGAAUUUCCUGUUAUUUUUGUGUAAGAUCGAAUGAACUGUUAGAAAAAUGUCUUACUUCUGUCAUUAUUGUGAGCAUAAAUGUUGAACUUCUUAAAUAUUUUGGAUUUUGCGGGGAUUUCAACUGGGUAAGUGCUUUGUUUACUAACUGAAUCAGAUUUGAGCUAACUAGAUUGUGUUUUAAUAUUCGGGGUACUUCUAAAACUUGCCGGUUAUUUAUGGAGAUAAAAAAACCUUUACAUAACUUUUUACGCCCUUAAACAAAACAUUAAAAAAAAGAGUACGGGACACAUGUCUCAGUUUUUUGUUAUCCCUUACCAUUUAGCCUAUAUCCUAUGUCAAACGCUGUACACUGCGAGUUUGCAAUAAGAUGAUAACAGAUUGCAUUAGUUGUUAUGUUGGAAGUGGCGGAGACGCGAGUUAUUUUUUCAAAUACAAUGCGCAGAAAUAAGAGUCGCACUGGCAGGCUCGGCCGCAGCGAACCAAGCAGAGCAUGUAAGGUCAAUUUUUUUGUAGAGCGAAACAGCUUGCCUUUCUUUCUUUGUUUCGUUAUCGUUAUUAUUACAUAUUAGGUGAAACGCAAAAGUAUUGCCAAGUUAAUGACUAGGUAGGUGCUUUUCGGUAUAUUAUAUAUUAAAGUCAAGGUUUUAUUUAGGAAAGUCGUGAGCGCAUUUUUUGCGAGAAUGGAUUGUCUGCAUUUUUUUUCCUUUUUGACUUUGUGUUUUAAAAAAUUCGAUCGAGUGGGUAAAAAAAGUCUUGGUAGUGCGUGAUGAUCUAUUCUUUUAUCCUUUGUUUCGCUUUCAAAAAACGUCUCAAAUAUAAUCGAUAAUUUAGUUUGUUGAAAUCAAUUUUUUCGGCACGAUCAAGUUCUUUACAAUUUUUGCGGCAAAUGUUUUAAGCACACAAUAUCCAAUCUGAAACAAAAUAUUUCCGGAACAGUACCUAUUAAAAAUUAGCACGCCAUAGACUGAAAUUUAAAUUCGUCGCUUGACGCGAAGAUAAAAUUAGUAAAGUUAAGUGCACACACAAGGAAUAUAAGCGCAAUGUUGUUAUAUUUUGAAUCACAAAUUACCAAUGCCGGACCUGUCGAAACGCGAUCGCACAACGUGCCUGUACAAUGGAAAUUUCUUGGAUUUAUGUAUUCGACGGUAGCUGGGUGCAAUAGAGAAGAAAAUAAAUUAGUUUUGUGACUAAGAUACCGGUUGUGUCGUCACGAAAAAGAUAGAUAGUCCGUAGUUACAUUUUGUUGUAAAUAAAUUGAUUCGCUACGAGUGGUCCCUUUACAGAAUUGAUAUUAAUAACAAUAAUAAUAGUAAUUUUUAUUACCUAGUAGAUUAACAUCUAUUCAACUAUAUUCUCUCGAGCGUCAAUAUCAAAUCAAAUAAUUUCAUCAACUGAUAAGGAGAACCUUUGAUCAAGGAGCAUUAACAUUUUGUUGGAUGUGAACAGCUUUGUCUCAAACGUUACACCCAAGUCACAAAAGAGUCAUUUCUUCUUAAGCCCCUUAGCCCCCAGGUGGUAAUUAAAAGUGAUAGGACUAGUUAUAAAAGCAUUUAUCUGUUUUCAGUGGUAGGGUAUUGGAAGCGCACCAAAAACCAAAUUAUAUGACAGUUACACUAAAAAUUAUUUUAUUUAUUCUACUUAAUCAUAUCAUCAGCAAAGAGAUAUCAAUAUUAGCAACUAUGUCAUUAGUAAAAAGCAUGAAAAUGAAUGGCUACUAGCCAUGACCCUAGUAGAUGAACGACUGUGGAGCUCUACAUGCUGCAUCAUGCUUUAUUUUGUCACAAACAUGAUUUUAUGAAUGCCACCAGGUCAUCAUAUAUUGAUUUAAUAUUUGUCAUUUUUUUGUUAUAAGUUGUUAACAAAAAAAGGGACAGCCGCGAGUAGGACUUGCUUACUAUGAGCGGUAUCUUUCACGGGUCGGUAACAAGAUGGUAUCUUUGUCACAGAAAAAAGCUGCGAAUUAUCUUUUCAAAGAGUUAGCUUUGUCGAAUCGCAUUGAAUGACCGGCUGUGAGUGGUUCCAAUGUGUUUGGAGUCUCGUGGAUUUGUCCCAAUCUAGAAAGUCCAUUGUCGGGGACAUUCUACGAGGACAUUUGUAAAAUUUGGACGACACACGAUUAACCCGAUUGUAUUUUUGCGUUAGUUUCUUGUUUACGUUCCUCCGUUUAAGCUCUCUUUCCGUUCGUAUGUGUUUACCAAAAGUGCUCAUUCUGCUCGUUGCCGUUAUUGCCGCGAUGCGCAGAAUUAUGUUGAGUUGAUGUAGUAUUUUUCGCUUGAUGUGAAUCCGCGUUUGACGAACUAGUGACGGAAAACAACACGCCUGAAGGGCGCUUCAAUUCGAUUCUUUCUUGAAUAGGAAAUCUAAUGUUGAUAUCUGGAGCUUCAUUUUCAUGAAACACCUACAUUAUGGGUAUAGUACCGUUUUACAAAACACUGUAAGUUUUUUGUUAUGAAAAAUGUUAUGUUUCUCUGAAAACAUUUCCAAAGCAACUUUUUACACAAAAUUUUGGGAUCCUGUAUAUUUUUCAAUCGUUGAACAGUACUUGAAAUUAUAUUCCGAAAAAUAUAGUACUUUUUAAUAUUUUGAACAAGUAAACGGCCAUAAAACCGGAAACAAAACGUACUGGUAGUUGACAAACUGUGAAGUUUUGAUUUAAUCUUUAAAAUAAAUGAGAUAUCAUAGAUUGUUUUAUGAAAGCCGAGAAGAGUGCAGAAACAAUCUCUUAAACGUUUGACAAUUUUCUUAAACGUUUGACAACAAACAGUCACAAAAGUGAACAAACUACAUGUACUCUCUAUGAGUUACAAGAAAUAAUGGUUUGUUCAUAAUAAUUUUAUACGACGUCAGCAGGAAAGACUUAGUGAACACUGUACUAGGGAACUGCAUGGUACAGACAAAUGUAACCGAGUACACAUAAUCUAAAUUUAUUUGAAAGAUUAAACUGAAACCUAGUGUAUUUAAAGUCUGAAUCACAAUCUGGCCAUGCAUUUGUCUUUUGUUCCAAAGUCUGCUUGUUUAAAGCUGAAAACUAUUUUUUCAAAGAAGACUCGUGCAAAAUGUCAUAUAAACUAUAUUUUUGGAAAAGAAAUUUUAAAUUCUUUUUGAUUUUUUAGUUGAAAACUAAUAAAGUGAGUCAUUAAAUUCCCCGUAAAUCGUUACCCUGGAAAUGUCUUCAUAGAAACACAAAAUUUUUCAUAACAAGAAAGUUUUAAAAAAACACCCACUAUUAUAUUUUUUAUGGAAAUCGAGCUUCAGGCACUUUCAUUAGUUUUCGUAUCUCCUUUAGCAAGAGAACUUUCCCUUUAAAAGUGUGGCCCAGCUUGUACAGGGCUUUCAUUAAUAUUUUCAUAUAGUUUACUAACAGGGCUACCUUAAAGCUUUUUAUAUAAUAUAUCUGAACAUAUCAAUAAACACAAAUGAUCCUCGUAAAGAUAAAAAAGAACUUCAAAACACCCUGUAUAUUUUAUAUAGUUUAUCGGCAUUUGGUUCGGACGUUUAUGAAAUUCAUUCUACGUUUUAGGGGAUGUUGGUGAUAUUCACGUCGAACUAAAUUUUAUGUUUUUGAUCUUCCGAGUAACCCAUAUUAUAAACAAAUAGUGUUUCUAGAAAUCAUAAUUAAUCGGGUUGGUAAGUCGUUAUUUCAAAAACGGCCAAACCAAAUACCGAUAAACUAUAUAUUUGUGAAAUCGGAUUAAAAAGGACUUGCAUCUUCAGUGUGUUUCAUAAAAAAAGUAUAAUCGUUCAAUUGAACAAUACAGAAAAAAAAAUGCAAUUUUCAUAUUAACAAUUUUUGGGUAUUAACUUUAGUAAAACCUGUAGGUGGGUAUCAAAAUAUAAAUGAAAACCCUGUACAAUUUUUUUUUUAACGAAAUGUUAUUAAUUUGAGCCAGCCCGUAUUUUUUGCGUACCCUGAGAUUCAUAUGGUGGAAAGGAGUUGUCUUCAUGCGACGAACGUCAAGACAAGGCAUAGUUACUAUGUAUUAUAAUUUACACAGAGUUUUAUAUAGUUAUGGUUUCAAAAUACCUAAACCAUUAAAUGUAGGAAAGUGCCUCCUAUCAAUUGCGCGUUGCUAGUUUUUCGUGAACUGUUAGAAUAAUAUUUAUUUAUUUUUAAUGAAGUUGUUAUCAUAGAGUUUGAUUUACAAGUAAAGCUGCAUUUUUACAGAAA